AUGGCUGCUGGAGUUGCAACAUGGAUGCCCUUUGCUCGGGCAGCAGCCGUGGGCUGGCUACCACUGGCCCAACAGACCAUGCCCAAGCCUCCUGUGGACAAAACAAGUCGCAGUGAUGAGAUCCUGUUUGUUAAUGUGAGUGGACUACGCUUCCAGACAUGGAAGAACACAUUGGACCGUUAUCCGGACACCCUUCUAGGCAGCUCAGAAAAGGAGUUUUUCUACAAUGAGGAAACUCAGGAAUAUUUCUUUGACAGGGAUCCAGAGAUGUUCCGCCAUAUUCUCAACUUUUUUAGAACAGGCAAGCUACAUUAUCCCCGACAUGAAUGCAUUCAGGCCUUUGAGGAGGAGCUGGCUUUCUAUGGCAUAAUACCUGAGAUCAUAGGUGACUGCUGUAUGGAAGAGUACCGGGAUCGUAAGAAGGAGAACCAGGAGCGUUUGGCUGAGGACACAGAGGCCGAGAAUGCCGGAGACGCUCCCCUGCCCCCAGACGCCACGUUACGUGAUAAGCUAUGGAGGGCCUUCGAGAACCCUCACACCUCCACCAUGGCUCUGGUGUUCUACUACGUCACCGGCUUCUUCAUCGCUGUGUCUGUUAUUGCCAACGUUGUGGAAACGGUUCCCUGCCGACCACUCAAAGGGAGUAUAAAGGACCUGCCGUGUGGUGAGAAGUUUUCUGUGGGCUUCUCUUGUUUGGACACGGCCUGUGUGCUUAUCUUCUCCUGCGAGUAUCUCAUGAGGCUGUAUGCUGCCCCCAGCCGCUGUGAUUUUGCACGUUCGGUGAUGAGCGUGAUUGACGUGGUGGCCAUCUUGCCCUUCUACAUCGGCCUUGUCAUGCCCGAGAACGAAGAAGUCAGCGGGGCCUUUGUUACCCUGCGAGUCUUCCGGGUGUUCCGAAUCUUCAAGUUCUCCCGCCACUCUCAGGGCCUGCGCAUCCUAGGCUGCACUCUGCAGGCCUGCGCCUCGGAGCUGGGCUUCCUCCUCUUCUCCCUCACCAUGGCUGUCAUCAUCUUCGCCACCGUCAUGUUCUACGCUGAGAAAGGCACCAAGGGAACCACGUUUUCCAGCAUCCCCGCCUCCUUCUGGUACACCAUCGUCACCAUGACAACACUGGGAUAUGGAGACAUGGUUCCAGACUCCAUAGCGGGCAAGAUAUUUGGCUCCAUCUGCUCCCUCAGUGGCGUGCUGGUGAUUGCUCUACCUGUGCCUGUCAUAGUCUCCAACUUCGCAAGGAUCUACCACCAGAACCAAAGGGCAGAUAAGAUGAGGGCACAGCAGAAAGUGCGUCAGGCAAGGAUUCGAAUGGCUAAAAAAGGGGCCACCAAUGCAUUCCUGCAGCACAAAGAGGAUGGGGGAUUGCAGGAUGGUGGUGAUGGUGACAGCACAGCUUUUUGUGUGAAGAACAGGUCCGCCUUUGAGCAUCAACAUCAUCAUCUAUUGCAGUGCUUGGAGAAAACCACUAAUCACGAGUUCACCGAUGAAAUCACCUACAGCGAGGUGUGUAUGAUGGACUCAAUGGGCUUCCGCACCAGCCGCAGCACUUCCUUGUCCAGCCAGCAGGGGUCCACCACCACCUGCUGCUCCCGGCGGGCCAAGAGGAGGGCCAUCCGCCUUGCCAACUCCACUGUCUCUGUCAGCCGAGGAAGUGUGCAGGAGCUGGACACGCUGCACGUCACCAAGACACCUGUUGGUACUCAGUACCCACAGAGUCGCUCCAGUCUAAACGCCAGAACUGAAGACCUGAAGCUGAACUGUACUGACUACACAGCAGCCAUCAUCAGUAUCCCCACUCCCCCAGCCAACAGUCCUGAUGAGAGCCUACCUAACUCACCCGCCAUCCCUGGCAUCCUACGCAACUCUCGCUCCAGUACCUUCAACACCCAGGAAACUGUCAAGAUCUCCUCUUUAUAACCCUCUGAAGCACAGGAGCUUGACCCAUUGCACAAAUCAAGAGGAAUGGGGUCCGUCAGAGAAGAACAUAGGAAAGAAGGAUGCUAACUUCCACACUCUUUGCAAAUGCUUCACUCCGAUACCAACGUAAUGUCUACUGAAUAGUCAAGGUAGGGGCAGCGUGAGAAAAAUAAAGUAAAUUAAUUGUAACUAUCCAUUUGAUGUGCUGGAACAGUUACUGUGAGGUUGACCUUUUGGCCCAGGGAGAUACGGGUGGGGGGGGGGCGUUUGAAGCAGUACCACAGACACAAUCUGAGCUGACCAGGAACAGAUGACAAUGCCUCUUGGACUCAGAAGGGACACAGAUGGAUGGUGUGGUUAGUAAGACUGCUUUUCAACAAUAAUAUACCCACCGUGGCAUCGAAAGCCUUUAACUUUUUCAAGAUAUGCAACGUUAGAACAAGCAGGAAAAACUAAUAUACAUAAUGUGUGUAAAGAAAUUGCAGGGAGAGAUUAUAAAGAUUAUGAAUAAUUGCACAAUUAUAUUGAUAUUUAAAUACAUCUUUACAGAUGGAAAUAUGAAUACUGUAUUCUGCAAUAGAUAUCUUUACACAAAUUAAUUUGAAAAUAAAGGAGUGAUCGUUAGAUGGUACUACAUGUAACAUUUUGUAUCAUACGUCUCUAAAUCACAUGCAUCUUCAAACUUUACCAAAAAAUGUCAGUGUACUGACUAGCUUAAUACAGCAGUGCAUGUUCCUGUUCAGUAGACGGUGGAGAAGAGAAGCUACUGAUAUUAGUGGUGUCAGCUAUGACUAGCUCAUCUGUUUUUUUUGCAUGUUAUCUUAUUCUUUCUCUCAGAACAGUUUGUUUGAUUUAUUUUUCCUGACAACAUUGUAACGUAAUAAUGUCUGCACCAGAAGUGUAUAUUAGGUAAAAAAUGAAUUAAAUAAAAAACAUUCAGG